AUGAACAGUCGGUUUGCUUGUGCUGGGAAUCAGCUUCUCCAUGUGGACCUCCAAAUUGAUGAGCAUGAACCUCGUAGAGGAAUUCUGGAUCUCCUCAGCAGACUCCGUCCGAAUUGGAAGGCAAAGGACAUUCAUAUGAAGACAUUCACAGAAGGCAUCACCAACCAGCUGAUUGGCUGCUUCGUGGCUUCUCUCCAGGAGCCCGGUUGUGUUCUGGUGCGUCUGUACGGCAGAAUGACGGAGCUCUACGUGAACCGGGACCGCGAGGUGGAGAUGUUCCAGGUCUUCCACGCCCACGGGUGUGGUCCACAGAUCUACUGCACCUUCCAGAAUGGCAUCUGCUACGAGUUUGUUCGAGGAACGGUGCUGGAUGAUAAGCUGCUCCGGCAACCUUCCAUCUACAGAUUGAUCGCAGCAGAGAUUGGGAUAAUCCACUCCAUCCAGCCAAACUGUGGUCCGCCUGUUGAACCUCCUCUCUGGACAAAAAUGUCCCACUUUCUGACACUGAUGCAGAGCAACCCGGCUUCAAAGCGCUGCACAAAGAGUCCCAUGACUCUACAAGAGGUGCCCAGCUUUGAGACUUUGUCAGUUGAAAUGGAGUCAUUGAAGAGACACCUCUCGCAGAUUGACUCGCCGACUGUCCUCUGCCACAACGACCUUCUGACAAAAAACAUCAUCUACAACCACAAAGAGGGAAUGGUGAAAUUCAUUGACUACGAGUACGCCGAUUACAACUACCAGGCCUUCGAUAUUGGCAAUCACUUCAAUGAAUUUGCUGGUGUGAAUGAUGUGAACUACAGCCUCUACCCGAGCCUGGAGCUGCAGAGGGACUGGCUGAAGGCCUAUCUGGAGAGUUACAAGCACAGCACAGGACAUGAGGUCACUGUUACAGAGGCAGAAGUUACGCAGCUCUACAUUCAAGUCUGCAAAUUCUCGCUGGCAUCAAACUUCUUCUGGGGUCUCUGGGCCAUCCUGCAAUCACGGGUUUCCUUGAUUGACUUUGACUUCCUAAGAUAUGCCAUGGCACGACUCAACUACUACUUUAAGAAGAAAGAGGAAUAUUUUGGAUUGACAAUGAGCUAA